AUGAUCGAGUCUCUUUUUGGUUACAACUUGCAAUCAAUUAAGAACGAGGAAACAAAGAGUAAAACCCCGUCUCCUAGCAAGCAUGUACUUGAGCCAAAGCGCCUGCAGAACAUAACUAUACUCUCUAAAGCUCUGAAUGCGACAGCUGAGCAUGUCUGCGAGGCCUUAAUGCAAGGGAAGGGGUUGUCUUUGCCCCAACUAGAGGCACUUGUGAAGAUGGUACCCACCAAGGAAGAAGAAUCCAAGCUCUUCAAUUAUAAAGGUGACAUCAAUGAAUUGGGGUCCGCCGAAAGGUUCGUGCGAGCAAUGCUUGACGUGCCAUAUGCCUUUCAAAGAGUAGAAGGCAUGCUUUUUAGAGAGACAUUUGACGAUGAAGUAGUUCACCUCAGGAACUCGUUUUCAAUGCUUGAGGAAGCAUGCAAGGAACUACGAUCAAGCAGGCUCUUCUUAAAAUUACUAGAAGCAGUGCUCAAAACGGGAAACCGUAUGAACGUUGGAACAAUCAGAGGGGGUGCUAGAGCAUUUAAGCUCGAUGCCCUUCUCAAGCUUGCAGAUGUUAAGGGAACUGAUGGGAAAACCACGUUGCUCCAUUUUGUUGUUCAGGAGAUUGUUCGUUCGGAAGGAAUAAGAGUUUCAGAUAGCAUUAUGGGAAAAAUCAGCCAGAGAAGUAAGAACAGAACGGAGGAAGAGAAGGAAGAAGAUUACAAAAGAAUGGGACUAGAACUUGUUUCUGGUCUCAGCACUGAGUUGUACAACGUGAAGAAAACAGCUACAAUUGACUUGGAUGUUCUUGCGAGCUCUGUGUCGAACCUAUCGGAAGGAAUGAAAGAGCUGCAACAUCUAGUGGAGAAGGAACUGCAUAAAGAUGAGAGAAGCAUAAACUUUGUGCAGUGUAUGAAGUCAUUCCUGAACUAUGCUGAUGCAAACUUGAAGGAGUUGCGAGGAGAUGAAGAUAGAGUAUUGGCACGUGUGAAAGAAAUCACUGAAUAUUUUCAUGGGGAUGUGAGCAAAGAAGAUGCAAAUCCUUUAAGGAUAUUUAUGAUUGUGAGAGAUUUUCUGGGGAUGUUAGAUAAUGUGUGUAAAGAACUUAGAAAGUCUAAAGCUCCACGAAGUCCAAACCCUCUUGCUAUGCUCCCUUUAGAUAGAUCAUAA